UUCCAUCUAUUUUGUUUUUGCUUUUAUCUCAAUGCUAGAGCAAUUUCUCCUCUGAAUCCCUCUCUAAGAGAAAAUGCAACCCCAUGUCUUCCAAGCCAUGUCUUGGUUUAUCACGUUCAUAACCAUGAUCUUUAUUUGUGGUUCGGCACUUGUGUUUGCCAACGACGAUGAGCGAUAUGUAAGCUGCAGCAACUUGUUUGAUUGUGGAGAUAUUAAGGGUGUUGGUUAUCCUUUCUGGGGAUCCAAUAGGCCUGAUUACUGUGGCUAUCCGGAGUUGAAGCUCGACUGCAGUACUGACCAAGAUCUGGAGAUCACAAUCGAGAAAUUGACUUACAAAGUUCUUGGCAUCGAUAACCAGACACGGACUCUCAGUGUUGCUCGAAAAGAUUAUGCAGAAAACAUCUGUCCGGCACUCAUUCUCAACACCACUUGGAUACCCAAUCUAUUGAACUACACAUCCGAUGAUCAGAACAUAACAAUCUACUAUGGUUGCCCCACUCAAGGUGCACCAACAGCUUUACCGCUUCUACCUCAGUUUCCCUGCAACAUAAACGCCACUGAGAUGACGGGCUACUUUACAACAGUUCCCAACUUGUCGGAUCUUGGUAGCUCUGCUUCUAACUUGAUCAGUUACCUGGCAUCGUGCAAAGAUAGCAUUAAAGUUCCCGUACUUGAAUCAGCUCUUCAGCAAAGUUUAAGUGCUCCAAAUUUAACACAGCUGCCGGGAGUUCUAAAUCAGGGUUUUGGUUUGGAGUGGAAUGCAUCUGAUAGCUUAUGUGAUACAUGCCAAUUUUCUGGUGGUCAGUGUGGGUACGACCAGACUACUACAGCAUUUACUUGUUAUUGCAAGGAUCAACCUCAACAAUUUUAUUGCCAAGAAUCUCCAACUGAAGCUGAAUCCCCAACUAAUGAUCAAUCCUCAAAGAAGAAGACUCAGGAUCGGACACUUGUAAUAGGACUUAGCACAGCAGGUGCAGUCGUUAUUGGUAUCUUUUUUGGAUGCUGGGCCUUGUUUGUCGUACAACGAAGGAAAAGAAAAUCUGCCCAGGUGAAAAGCAAAGGCCUGCCUGUAGCUACACCUCCUUCAAGCAAAGGCCUUACUACUUCAACUAAUCUCUCUCAAGCCACUACUUCUCUUACCUCCUCAAAGUCAUACCUUGAAAAGGGCAGUACCUACUUUGGAGUGCCGGUGUUCAGCUACAGUGAACUUGAGGAAGCCACUAAUUGUUUCGAUCCUUCUAAGGAACUUGGAGAUGGAGGGUUUGGCACUGUUUACCAUGGUGUACUCAAGGAUGGACGUGUGGUUGCUGUCAAGCGCCUUUAUGAGAACAACAUGAGACGUGCUGAGCAGUUUAUGAAUGAAAUUGAGAUCCUAGCUCGUCUACGGCACAAGAACCUGGUGAUACUUUAUGGAUGCACCACAAGGCACAGCCAUGAGCUUCUACUUGUUUAUGAGUACAUUCCAAACGGAACGGUUGCUGACCAUCUUCAUGGAAGACAGUCAAACUCUGGUUUGCUCACAUGGCCUGUUCGGUUGAGCAUUGCUAUAGAGACAGCCAGUGCACUCGCAUACCUCCACACUUCAGAUGUCAUCCACCGUGAUGUCAAAACCACUAACAUUCUCCUAGACAAUGACUUCCAUGUGAAAGUGGCUGACUUUGGUUUGUCGAGAUUGUUCCCAAAUGAUGUCACGCAUGUAUCGACUGCUCCACAGGGAACACCCGGAUAUGUUGAUCCGGAGUAUUAUCAAUGCUACCAACUCACCAACAAGAGUGAUGUUUACAGCUUUGGUGUAGUCUUGAUUGAGCUGAUAUCAUCUUUACAAGCAGUGGACACCAAUAGGCAUCGGCAUGAUAUUAAUCUGUCCAACAUGGCAGUCAACAAAAUCCAAAAUCAUGCUUUAAAUGAGUUGGUUGAUCCAUUUCUUGGAUUCGAUAAGGAUAUCGUAGUGAGGAGGAUGGUAACAUCAGUUGCAGAAUUAGCUUUCCGGUGUUUGCAACAAGAUAGAGAAAUGAGGCCAGCUAUGGAAGAAGUAUUGGAGGCAUUAAAAAGAAUCGAGAAAGAAAACUAUGGAGCUGGUAAUGCAGAAGUAUUGGAUAUUAGGGAUGAUGAUGUAGGGUUACUGAAGCAUGCUCCUCCCCCAGUUCAACUUUCACCGGACUCCUUGUCUGAUCCAUUUUGGGCCGACAGUUCUUCAUCCAUAACCCCGCAUUCCUACUAGCAAUGGUAAAGGGCGAGAGAACAGUUUGGCUGAGUUCCUGCGAGCUAGGAUGGCUAUCUGUUCCAGUUCAACCUCGCCUGUCAAAUGAGGCGUUUGCUCGACUUUGGUGGCAAAAAUCUUGCGCCAUGACUCCAGCAAGAUUUGCUACUGUCCUCCCUGUAUAGUACCGGAAAGCAUCAAGGAUCCGGCGAGAGACUCUCUCAACGGGACUAGAUACCAAACGAUGAUUUGGGAUGCUGUUGUUGAUACAUGGGAAUUCCGAAGUAUAUUUUGGAGACUUGUUUUUUAAUUUUGAUUUUGUAAAUACGAGUAACGAAGUCUAAAUAAUUAACACUUCAUGAAA